AUGCGCUGGUUCGCAACUGAUGACGUGAUAGAGGCCACUGUAAUUAAAUCAUUUCUCCCUUUGCAGAAACAUCCAGAAUUAAAUAAUAAUGAUCAAGUUAAAUUUAAAUAUCAUGACGUUUAUGUUGGCUCUAAGGUUUACAUAUUUGAAUUGACUGAAGAUAAAAGAUGGUGUAGAGGUUAUUUAUAUUCAAGUCGAAUGCCGGUGGAUUAUAUUUAUUCACUAAUUAAUACUUCAGAUAUUCAAUUAAAUGAUAUGAGAUCGAAGAUUGUCGUUGUGCCAUAUAAAUAUGUUUAUUUUGACAAGAAAGGUAUCCAUAAUAAUAAUAAUAAUAAUAAUAAUAAUAAUAAUAAUAAUAAUAAUAAUAAUAAUAAUAAUAAUAAUAAUAAUAAUAAUAAUAAUAAUAAUAAUAAUAAUAAUAAUAAUAGCUCUACUAAUAAUAAUAAUAGCUCUACUAAUAAACGCAAAUGGAUUAAUGAUCUUACUUUUAAUCUUAAUGUCCAAUCUAACUCUUCUCUGUUUCAAGCAUUUAAUAUUUCAAAUUUUGAUGUCAGUUUGCCUUCAUCUUUUCCCUUGCAUAUAUGGUUAUCUAAUGAGGAACUAAGUGAUUUAAAUUCGUUGCAAAGAGAUAUACAUAUUUUCCUAAACAUAUUGUGUUCAUAUAUAUAUAUAUUUUAUUCAAACCAAGACUAUAUUUUAUUCGACCAUUUAACCGAUUUCUUUAAUGAGAUUUCGGCAUUAUAUUAUAAGUUAUCCUAUAAAUUAUGUUUGAAGAGCGAGAGAUUACAGAUAAUCGAAUCAAUUAAUCAAUUAUUAUCUAAUGUGUCCAAGAUCAUAUCUUUUGUAUGUGAUUCUACAAAACAAUCAACUGACAUUGUUGAAAAUACGAAGAAAAAUGCAAUAACAAUAGUUGACACUUAUGGUUAUGAUUCAAUUUUCCCUAAUUUAUAUUUAUAUAAUAAUACAUUAGAAAUUAAUUAUCCAAACUUACAGAAAUUUGUAAAUGAAUAUCUAACAUAUGCAUUAUUAAACCAUCAGCAUCAAUAUUUAAUCUCCUCUCAAAUGACAAAGAAAAGGUUUACAUGUGAUAUACCUUUGGCUUCUGAUAUAGUUAUUCAUGAUUAUUUGACUACAAAUGUUUUAAUAAAUAUUUGGAAAAUUUCAACCGCUAUGGUAAAUGGCAUGCAUGGAUUAAAUAAAUUAACGGUAAUUGUGUCACUGAUGUCCGAAGAUGAGACAUUAAUUACAGAACCUUUAGAGAUACCAUAUAAAUCUUUGAAAAACACUUCUACAUUUAAUUUACAUUGCCCAGUAUUUUUCAAAGAUUUGCUGAAAUCGGUUGUGUAUAAUAACAGAGUUUUUUUGGUUGUUGUUUUAAAAAAAGAAAUUAAAAUAUCCUUUAAAAAAGAUAUAAUUUUAUCCUCCUUUAUAAAGCCCCUUACACUUAUUAAAGAUACAAAUAUGGUGAGUAAGAUUCAUAAAAUUAAUCAAGGUGUUGCCAUUGGCAUUAUUGAUAUCUCGUCUAUUUUCAAAAGCAAAUUACCAUCAAAUUCUAAUUUGACGCAACAUAGAAACGAAGAUAUAUAUAAAUUUACUGUAAACCUUUAUUCAUGUGUCUCAAAAGAUGACAAAGAAAAACCCAAAUAUGGGACUUAUAAGAAUAUAGUAGGACAUUCGAGUAUUACUCACAUCAAGGAAGAGUGGGGAUCCCUAAUUACAAAUAUUCUUACUAAUUCCGUGGACGAUCUUAUAUCUUAUCGUCACGCUAAGUCCAUCACUGUUAGUAUCAAAGAAAUAGAAUCUAUUGGUGGAAAUUAUCCUAUAUAUAAAAAUGUAAAGUGUUCUGAGAAUUAUGGAAAUCUAAUAGUAUCAAAUAGAGUGCUUGAAAAACUAUACUUAAAAUUGGGAAAAGUUUCUUUACUUGGUAUUACUAAUCGUAUCACAAAUAUAAAAAGUAUUGUUAUUAAAAUUCUUCCAAUGAAUGAAAAUAUAAAAUUUAUUAACGGCACACAAACUAUGGAAUUGGACAGUUGGAUGUCUAUAUCGGUAUCACCUGAAGAAUAUAUUAAUGAGAUAAUUACUAUUAUCAAUAUAUUGCCAUCAAUGAAAAAUGAAUCGUUUAAGAUCUUUGCAUAUAUAAAUGGAUAUUUAAUGGCACACGGUUCUCUGCUUAUUAUUAAAGAUGGGAAAAUAAUAGAAUCAUUAUCUAGGAAAGGGGUCCCAUUAUUUUCAUCCCAAGGUGAUAGAAUCAUUGAUUUAUUUGUAUAUAUUUCCUAUCAUGGAUCUCAUUUCAAUCCUCCCAGUAUUAUAAGAGAUUUUAAUAGAUUAUUAUCAAUGAGCGAUAGAGUGAAAAAGAAAGUUAAUAUGAUGGAGUUUAAGGAAAAAAGUGAAAGGGUUCUGGCUGCAAUAGAAAAAUUGAAUUCUGCUAGGUUUGAUAAGUAUUUUGAAGAAAUGUUGAUCAAAUAUUUACAGUUUUUUGAAAUGAUUGUAUAUCUAGAUCUUCUAGAAAACCAAUUACCUGAAAAGUUAGUGUUAUCCUUGGCUAGUUUUUUACGGUUGACAAUACACAGUCCAAAUUCAGGUUAUAAAGAAAAGUUUUUUGUGUUUUUUGGAAGACAUUUAAAGUUAAGAGAUUCUUUACCUCAAGUAGGUUAUUGGAUUUUAAUAGAGAUAAAUAAUUUAUUGGAAAACAGAAUUCUGCUUAACAGAAAUCAACUUAAUGAUAUCUGUGAAGAAUUUUUAUUUCUAUUGAUGCUCUCUUUUAUUUCCACUGACUGUAAGACAGAAUGGUACAAUAUUUUAGAUAACACAAUGAUUCAAAUUUCAAAAUUUAUCGAGGAAUCAGAUAGAGGGUUUUGGAAUGGUCAAAAUUCAUUAUUAGAGGCAUAUAAUGUAUGGAUACUGGGUGAAGAUAUAGAUCUUGCUGGGGAUAGGAUUCUUCGUUACACUGAAGUUAUAUGCCAAAGUUUUAUCAGGAGUAAACUUUUACAAGGUAUAAAUAAUAGAAAUUUGAAUGAAAAGGAAGUCAGGUAUUUAAAUACAAAAUUUCUUAUUUUACAAACUGUAAUUCGGCAUGAAAAACUAAAGGCUCGAUUUUUCGAACAAUUAAAUAUUGAUCCUAUUGCAUUUUAUUUUCUGAGUAAAACACUUCAAUGGAUUUUAAAAUCAUUGCAUAUAUUUAUGAGAAAUUCUAAAUUUUAUCAUACCUUUAGUCUAUGUAACACUGUGAUCAUGUAUAUCAUCGACAAUGUUCAAGAUCCUAAAUUAAUGAAACAUUUACUGAGAUUAAUUCCAUCCAUUUGUGAGAUAUUUCUUGAAGUGAACAAAUAUCAUAGGGAAAAUAAUCUUAACAAUCCCAAAAGCACAUUUACUGCAUUGUUUCCUGUAACAUUAGAAUCAUGGCAGUAUCCUGUUGAUUUGAUACUCAAGGACCAUAUUAUUUUAUCAGAAAUAUUAUUAGAAAUUGCUACUAUUCUUUGCAAAUUAUCAGCAAUUGCAACAACAUUAUAUGGGAAUUAUGUUACUUUUGAGACUCUUUUAGAAGACUGUAAAUUGGAGAUGAGGGUCGAUUCUGUGUUCUAUAUUAAUAAAUUAAACAAAGAAUCUGUAAUGGUAAUAAUUGAAGCAGUAGAAUCUUUGGUGGAAUCUGAUUUUUUCCCACAAAACACACUAUUAGGAAUUACUGCUCUUAUUAUUAAAUGUUGUGUUGAACUUUUAAUAUUAUGUAAAGAUUUUAUCUUAGAAAAUUACUUUAAGAAGAAUUUAACAGAAAAAUCUAGAGAAAAGGAUAAAAAGUUAUUGAUUUCUUAUUUCAAAUGCUUAUUUAAAAUAUCCAAUCACAAAGUAGUAAGUUUAUUAAAAGUAGGCAUAUUACCAGGUAAAAUUAUAUGUAGACUGAGAGAUAACAUGAAGCAGCAAAUAUUUUUCUUAUUGGAAACCUUUUGGAAUAUAUCAAGGAAAGAGGAUCUCCAACAUUCUGAUUGCUUUGAAAUGAAAUACAAAUUAAUUGUCGACACCCCGCUUUUAUUAAAGGAAAUUAUCAUUUCUUUGUUUCAAAAAGACAUUCCUAUGACUAAAAUUUAUUGUAAAUUUUUAUUUCAUGUAAUUAUGUCAUAUUGGAAAUAUACUGGUAAUUUAGUGGAAUUAUUGAAUAAAUGUGUAAUAGAGAUAUACAAUACUCACAAAGAAGGUAACUUACAUAUUGAGGAGGAAAUUCUAAAGAAUUACAUUAGAUGUGUUAUCAUGACCAUUGAUAUCUCGGAAAAUGAUUUACACUUUCAUGCUAUUAUAGAUUUUUUUCAAGAAUUGUUUAUUUUUCUGCAACACAUAUUAGAGUUAGACAAAGUACCUAAAUCAUUGGAAUAUAAUGAUCAACGGAUCAUUUGUAAAUUCAAAUUGUUCAAUCAUUUAAUGGAUAUUAAUCAUCCUGAGUAUUUUGAAAAAUUAAUCAAUGACCUUUUCAUCGGUUUUAUUAAAAAACAAGAUUUUGUUCAAGCAGCAUUAAUUUUAGAGUUAUUCGCAAACACAUAUAACUGGUGCCCAUAUUAUUAUUAUGCAGCUAUUAAAUGUCCACCUUUACCAAAACAAACAUCGUUUGAAAGAAAAGAAUAUCUUUAUAAAGAAGCUGGUAGAAAUUUUUCUCGUGGGUUAAAAUUUGAGAAAGCAUUAUCAGUUUACAAUAAAUUACUUAACGCAUACAACGAAGUUAAUUAUGAUAUGGAUGGAUUAGCAUUUGUUCAUGAUCAAAUAUCACAUAUUUAUAUACAAAUGCAGCAUGUGGACAAAAUGAUUCCGAAUUACUUUAAAGUGGAAUUCUUUGGAAAUGGAUUUCCUUCAAUGUUAAGAAAUAAGGUGUUUAUUUAUGAAGGGUUACCGUUUGAACAUAUAUCAUCAAUACAAAGUAGAUUAUUACAAAUGUAUCCGUAUUCACAAGUUGUGAAUACUCCAAGUGAAGAUGAAAUAUCAGUGUUAAACAGAAAAAUAGAUAAAUUCAUUAGUGUGGUUACUGUGGAACCUGUGGAGAAAGCUAUUGACCAAGCAAAUAAUAUAUUAGAUACUACCACUAGUAUGUCAAGAUUACAUGAUGGAUUAAAAGUCUUCAAAUAUUCGAAGAGAAUACCUGGAUCGAGUGAUGUAGCAGAUAUAUGGGUUGAAGAAUAUAUUUAUACUACGGUGGAUGAAUUUCCAACAUUAUUCUAUAAGUCACCUGUAAAAGAUGUCAUUAAAAGAAGAAUAUCACCAAUUGAAAAUGCCAUUAGAGAUAUAGAGACAAAGAUUUUAGAAUUAACAACAUUAAAGUAUAGUUGUUAUAAGACGGUCAAAAAUAAUGACGAAUUGUCAUUAAAUUUGUUUCAAGAAUUUUCAAGAAACAUAACAGGAACAAUAUCUGCACCAGUAAAUGGUGGACUUUCUAAGUAUAGAAAGUUUCUAAUAGAACCCACUUGUGAUCAAUAUGCUAAAAAUAAAAUUGAAAAAUUGGCACUGUUAUUAGAUAAACUGACUGUUUUAUUGAGCCAUUGUUUAUUAUUAAAUGAAAGAUUACAAACAAUUAGCGGCAUACAAGAUGAUAAUCAUAAAAUCCUAGUUGAAUUAUAUCAGGAAAGUUUUUCGAAUGAGAUUAAGCGAAAUGGUAUUAAUCUUGAUGAAAUGAUAAUAGAAGAUAUCAUGAAAGAUGAGUUGCACCCCAACAAGAGAUGUACAACAUCUAUACACAAUCAAUCAAGAUAG